AUGGAGUUCAAGCUGGAAGCUCACCGCAUCGUCAGCAUCUCCCUAGGCAAAAUCUACAACUCGCGGGUCCAGCGCGGCGGCAUCAAGCUGCACAAGAACCUCCUGGUCUCGCUGGUGCUGCGUAGCGCCCGCCAGGUCUACCUGAGUGACCCGUGUCCCGGACUCUACCUGGCCGGUCCCGCUGGGAGCCCGGCAGCGCCGCCGCCGCAGCCCGGGGAGCCCGCGACCGGGACGCCCGCUGGCUGGGGGGAGCCGCCCCCGCCGGCCGGCCGCGCCGCCUGGCCGGAGACGGAGUCGCAGCCGGGGCGCCCCGCGGUCCCAGACGCGCCGAGGGCUGGGGACACGGAUCCUGCCGCGACGCCCGCGGGCUGCUCGGCGGCCGGCUCGACCCCGCUGAAGAAGCCCCGCCGGAACUUAGAGCCGCAGCCGGGCGGGGGAGCGGAGGACGCCGAGGAGGAGAUGGAGACCGGUAACGUGGCCAACCUCAUUAGCAUCUUCGGGUCCAGCUUCUCGGGACUCCUACGGAAAAGCCCCGGCGGCGGCCGGGAGGAAGAAGAGGGCGAGGAGAGCGGUCCGGAGGCCGCCGAGCCCGGGCAGAUCUGCUGCGAGAAGCCGGUGCUGAGAGACAUGAACCCCUGGAGCACAGCCAUCGUGGCCUUCUGA